UAACCUUUCAACGUUAUUAAUUUUUAUCUUUCACCAAAGAUCCCCAAAUCCACUCCAAAAACCCUACUCCUAGAUCUCGACACUUCAACCUCGCAAACCCUUAAAUUGACCAUGGACGAAUCAGCCGAAGGAGGCGCGAUUGCCGCGACGGCGAUCCAGCAGACUCCACGGAGGAGCGUCCGUCGGAAGCUUGUUCAGUCGACGCUGCUCCCGCGCAAACCAGAUGAUGCGAUCGAGUCGAACGGAGAUCGAACAUGCGACGCGGCAAACAAAGAGGACGGCGAAGAAGGAGGAGAUGGCGAUUUCGGCAGCAGCCAAGGGAAGAAGACGAGAAAACAGAGGACUCCGAAGAAUAACGGAGCUCCCAAGAAGAUGGCUAAAGGAAAGUCGCCUCGUAAACCAACGCCUAAGAGAAAUGCAACUAAGAACGGAGUUGUAGCUGGUGGUGAUGAUGAUGAUCAACGAACAUAUGUCUCUCCUCCAGUUCCUAAUUUGCGUCUGGAAGCUAAACUACGAGCUGAGGAAGAUUCGCGGAUGUCUGCUGGCAAGCAGUUACAUCCUUUUUUCUCAUCUCGGAAAGGAGGUAAAAAGAAUCAAGAAGCAGCAGCAGCAGAGAAUGGUAGUUCUCGGGAUCAAGGAAAUGAUCAAAUUGGACCUAUCCAUGUAUUUGAGAGGAUUCAGGAUGGUUAUCGGACCAUUGACUGGAAGAACUGGACUUUUGUUGAGCGUGCGUCUACUACUUGGAGUUCUCAUCAACAAAUAAAAUUUGAGUCUCUUAAACUCGGAUUCAAAGAAUUUGAUCUGAUUGAGCUUCCGACUCUUUCACAUCCUGUUGUGUGCAUCAUCGAUGAUGAAGACCCUGAAAAAUGUGCUACUCAGUCAGAAGCAGUUAACUUGUCUAAUAAUGGUGAGGAUACAGCAGACGAUUCUCACGAACUGCAAAGUGGCCUGACUCGUAGUAGCUUGUGGGUAGAUAAGUACCAGCCGAGAAGUGCCUCGGAGGUAUGUGGUAAUACUGAAGCUGUAAAACUAAUGAAUGAAUGGCUCUGCCAAUGGCGUGAGAGAGGCUUUCAGGCAAGCCAAGACUUUUUGAGAAGUGAUCCAGAGAAUUCGCAAGAUGCUGACUACAACUGUUCUGAAAGUGAUUCUGACUCAGAAAAUACUGACUGCCUGAAAAAUGUUCUCUUAAUCGUUGGUCCAGUUGGGAGUGGGAAAUCUGCAGCUGUUUAUGCAUGUACUAAGGAGCAAGGAUUCAAAAUCAUUGAGUCUAAUGCAUCGGAAUGCCGAAGCGGAACAGUUGUUAAGCAGAAGUUUGGGGAGGCUCUUGAGUCAAAUAGCUUAUCAAGGUCCUUGGAACCUCUUUUCAAUUCCUGUACUGAUGGCAAUGGGGUAGAGGAUGUGAUUGAAGUGACACCUGUAGCCAACUUGAAGCCUUUAAUUCUUUUUGAGGAUAUAGAUAUUUCCUUUGCUGAAGAUCGUGGUCUCGUGUCUGCUAUCCAGGAGAUUGCUAAGAAGGCAAAAGGGCCUGUGGUAUUGACUGCCAAUGACAAGAAUCAUGGUCUGCCAGACAACUUGGAGAGGAUAGAGAUAUGCUUUUCUUUGCCAUCAACCGAAGAGCUGUUUAGCCACCUUUCUUCGGUUUGUGCAGCAGAGGAGGUUAAAGUUAAUCCUGAUUCACUACAGCGAUUGACCAUCUCUAGUGGUGGUGAUAUACGGAAAGCGAUCAUGCAAUUACAAUUUUGGAUUCAGAGUAAAUCAAAAAGAAUUAGAAAGGCCAAAAACACUGGUGAGCUAGAUCGAUUUGAUCACGAAGCUGGUCACGUGCUGCUUCCCAAGAUAAUUGCGCAGGAUUUUCCUUCUCAGUUAUCACAGUUUGUGGAGAGUGAGAUCGCUAAAUCAUUAUCCAUGGCGGAGGAAAGUUAUGACACAGUCGAAGUAUUUGUUGAAGAGGUUGAAAACGAGAAAAUGCUUGAUAGAUUGUGGAGGCGGGGCAUAGAAAAGAACACAAUAGAAGCCAAGAAAGCAGCCAUGUUAAGGCUGAACACUUGUUUUGAGGAUUGUGAUGAAUUUGAAGACGUUCCAUCUGAACUUACCGACACUUCCUACCAAACACUGUCUCUCUCUCGGCCAAACAGAAGAAGGAAGCUCAAUGUUGUGAUGUCCUCUGAUUCGGAAGAUGAACCUCUGAGUGACAUUAAUGAGGUAUCCCAGUCAGUUGAUGUAUCAUGUGUACCAGAAUCUUCAUAUGUUCCAGAAACUUUAAUGGAUGGGGAAGCUGAGCUGUCACCAAGAGCAGUAUCCUGUGGUCAUUUUGAUGGAAGAGUCGAAGCGUCCUUGAGCGAAGACGACGAUGUACAGAACUCCCCAUCAACAGAGAUACACAUCAAGAGUUUUGAUUGCUUGAUGAAUACGUGUGAGAUCAUUGCACAAUCUUCAGAUGGGACAAUGAUGGAAGAUUGUUUUAAGGAUUAUGUAGAGAGUUCCCAGAAGAUGCAGCAGGCAGCAGAUGAAUGCAGCCGUAUAGAUUUCGGUAUGACAAUUAAGGCCGCUCAAAAACCGAAGCUUGAUACUGUGCAAGAAUCAUGGAGAAAACUCUGUUCGAGGCGUGCUGAUAUGAAGCCAUACUUGGAUUCAGAACCUGUAGAAGCUCCACAGCUUCUUGACAUCACUCAUCAGAUAACCAAUCUAAUCUCAGAAGCUGAUCUCACGCACUCUAGAUGCCUGAACUUUGUUGCGACGGAGCCAAUGAUGAACGCUUCUGGAGAUCUUGACACGUCUGGCCUAGCUAAUGUGCUUGAACAGAUGACUUCCACUGUGUCACAGCAAGGAUUUAGCUUUUUCACAAACCAAAUUGCUACAACAGAAUCCGCCCCUACUUCAUCAGCCACAAUGCAGGAUUACACAUUGAGCAGUGGAGGCUGCUUGGAUAUAAAACCAGAAACACAUAUUAACGUAUCAAAUUGUGAGCGAAUGGAACAACUUUCCGGCAUAUUAGAGUCAAUAGUCCCGCUAAGAUCAUUGAAAGGAAGAGCUUUCCAUGAAUAUGCUUCAUUCAUAGGACAGAUAUCAAGAGCUGAUCCCUCCAACGUAUCCGGAGCCAAGGAGAAAACCAGAAGGCGAAGGUCUAGAGAAUCACGACAUUAUCUGUCAAUGGAUUUAUCCUCAGAAGAUAUCGCAUUCUUGGGUCAACACAGCACAUAUAGAAGAAACGAAUAAACCACCAGUUUCAGUUUGUAUAGAUAUUAGAAACGCUCCACACUUGAAGAAGAGUUUUAAAACAUGUUUGCUCAGCAGUAACUUAGCAGAGAUUAGAGAUUGACCCUUGCUUUAGGCAUGACUUUAGUGCAUAUUUAUAUAUAUGCUCUCUACUUAAGGUUUCUGAAAAUGUAUUAGAUAAAUUAAAGAUUCUACAUAUAAAUAGGAUAAACCAUUAUCUC